UAGUGCGCCGCUAGCAUCCGCGUCCAUCCGUCCUCGCCGAGCCCGCGCAGGCUGAAGUCGGGUGUCAUCAUGCCGGAGAACGCGGCGGCCCGGGGCGGGGCGCCGGCCGGGGCCGCGGGCGGGCGCGCGAAGGGCGCCUACCAGGACCGCGACAAGCCGGCCCAGAUCCGCUUCAGCAACAUCUCGGCGGCCAAAGCGGUUGCUGAUGCCAUUAGAACAAGCCUUGGACCAAAAGGAAUGGAUAAAAUGAUUCAAGAUGGAAAAGGUGAUGUGACCAUUACAAAUGAUGGUGCCACCAUUCUGAAGCAAAUGCAAGUGUUACAUCCAGCAGCAAGAAUGCUGGUGGAGCUGUCUAAGGCUCAGGAUAUAGAAGCAGGAGAUGGCACUACGUCAGUGGUCAUCAUGGCCGGCUCUCUCUUAGAUUCCUGUACCAAGCUUCUUCAGAAAGGGAUUCAUCCAACUAUCAUUUCCGAGUCAUUCCAGAAAGCUUUGGAAAAGGGUGUUGAAAUUUUGACUGACAUGUCUCGACCUGUGGAAUUGAGUGACAGAGAAACGUUGUUAAAUAGCGCAACCACAUCACUGAAUUCAAAGGUUGUCUCUCAGUAUUCAAGUCUGCUUUCUCCGAUAAGUGUAAAUGCAGUGAUGAAAGUGAUUGACCCAGCCACUGCUUCUGGUGUAGAUCUUAGAGAUAUUAAAAUAGUUAAGAAGCUUGGUGGCACAAUUGAUGACUGUGAGUUGGUGGAAGGUCUGGUUCUCACCCAGAAGGUGGCAAAUUCUGGCAUAACCAGAGUUGAGAAGGCUAAGAUUGGGCUUAUUCAGUUUUGCUUAUCUGCCCCCAAAACAGAUAUGGAUAAUCAAAUAGUAGUUUCUGACUAUGCCCAGAUGGAUCGAGUGCUGCGAGAAGAGAGAGCAUAUAUUUUAAAUUUAGUGAAGCAAAUUAAAAAAACAGGAUGCAAUGUGCUUCUCAUACAGAAAUCUAUCCUAAGAGAUGCUCUUAGUGAUCUUGCAUUACAUUUUCUGAACAAGAUGAAGAUUAUGGUGAUUAAGGACAUCGAAAGAGAAGACAUUGAGUUCAUUUGUAAGACCAUUGGAACCAAACCAGUUGCUCAUAUUGACCAGUUUACUGCUGACAUGCUGGGUUCUGCUGAGUCAGCUGAGGAAGUCAGCUUAAAUGGUUCUGGGAAGAUGGUCAAGAUUACAGGCUGCGCAAGCCCUGGAAAGACAGUUACAAUUGUGGUACGUGGAUCUAACAAACUGGUGAUUGAGGAGGCUGAGCGCUCCAUCCAUGAUGCCCUCUGCGUUAUUCGCUGCCUAGUGAAGAAGAGAGCUCUCAUUGCAGGAGGCGGUGCUCCAGAGAUCGAGUUGGCUCUGCGGCUGACGGAGUACUCGCGCACGCGGAGCGGCAUGGAGUCCUACUGCGUGCGCGCUUUCGCAGACGCCAUGGAGGUCAUUCCAUCAACGUUGGCUGAAAACGCCGGCCUGAAUCCCAUUUCUACAGUGACCGAGCUGAGAAACCGGCACGCCCAAGGAGACAAAACUGCAGGCAUCAAUGUCCGAAAGGGUGGUAUUUCCAACAUUUUGGAAGAAAUGGUCGUUCAGCCUCUGUUGGUUUCUGUCAGUGCUUUGACCCUAGCUACUGAGACUGUCAGGAGCAUUCUGAAAAUUGAUGAUGUGGUAAACACUCGAUAAUCUGGACAAGGCUGAGCAACAGUAGUGGACCACCAGUACUGUGCUUGAGUGGAAGAUGAUCGCCUUGGCGUCGUUCCUCCUUGUCUGGAAGAGAUUUCCUCUGAAAUCCCGGAUGUUGUCUUCCAGUAAAUUAUACUAAAACAUUGUAAUGAAAAGCUUGAGUAUUCGGUUACAAAAGGCAGAUUAAUUUAUCACUCAGCACUCUUGGUUCUGAUACUUUAGAAUAGAGCCUGUAUACAACCUC